AUGGCCACGUUGCAAUCUUUGGGUGUUAAUAUGAACAACUGGCGUAAACCGCUUUAUAUCUUUGGUCCCAAUGAACAUGACCUACAAUAUUCAAUUACAAGAAAUGAACAUUUGCAAAAUAUCAAUCCUGAAAAAUUUGAAGAUCACAGUCGUACAACAGAUGAAGUUCUGAAGGUAGUAAUGCAAGGAAUACGUAAAUUUUCAGAAGAACAGUUUGAAGGGUUGGUUCUCCAUGAUGAGUUGAUAAAGUUUGGUAGUUCAAGAGAGGGGUUGAAAGUCAUUGAUGCUCUUGAAUUUGAUAGCAUCCUCAUCUUUGAUAUAAAUGGAAUGAUUGUAGAACCUGUUACAGGUGAUGCUCUUGGGUUGGUGCGGCUUCGGGUCAACAAUGCUGAAUAUUUGUUAGAAAGAUACCCAUGGACCAGAAAAUGUGAAGUGUUUCAAAAAGUAGGUAUGAACAAAUACUUCAUCAACUCAAGGAAUCUACAUUUAAAAGUAUUCGAAUCUAUUAUCGACAAAACCCGUGAAUUGGUGAAUGAACAACUAAGGGCUGGAGAGACAAACUAUUCUCUUAGACGAAUUGCCAAGCCACCAACAUUAGACAUUAAUAUAACUUUAAAUAAUGAAAAAGAUAUAAAAGAUUUAUUCAACACGUUUUCCAACAUUACUUUGGAAAGUCAAUCUACUAGAAUGGAAUCCAGAUCAUUCAACAAAUCUUUGGAUAUGGAUAUUGUUCCAGCCCUUCUUUUGCGUCACGAUUAUGUUCCAGAUCCUAAUACGACCAACUCACCCAAUGCGAUUCGACAAAUGAUUUGCCCUGUAUAUGCCGUAAUGAAAUGGGUCCAUAUACCUAACUCAGUAAUGACAAGCGACAAGGACUCCUUGUGGAGAGUUUGUACGUCUGGAUAUGAGAGACAUAUUCUAGACGUUUGCCAGUUGAAUCCUAGUCAACAGUUCUUGAUGACGGCUUGUCGAAUCUUAAAGACAUACGUUUCCAAUCAGGACGGCACGAAUCAGCUCCAUACAGUUGCGGCUUCAAAUCACCUGAAAACAAUAUGUUUCCAUUGUAUAACAUUACUAACGAUACCAAAAGAGCAUAACUCAUUGUCAGGCGUCAAAGAGGCCAUGGGUUAUUUUCUGUCGUUUCUGGAUUUAUGUAUUAGAUCCAAAACGCUUCCACACUUUUUCUAUGGAAAUCCCUGGUUAGUUCUAAUGUUUCCCGACACCAGCUUUGGACAAGAGAACGACAUCAAAAACUUGUAUGGAUCAAUGAGUCCCGAUACCUUCAAACAGGCUACUUUAAGUUAUGCCAAGAUGUUACUAGACCUGGAAAGAUUUUAUACGGAGAUUGGAUGUCUUGAUGCCGAUCGCAUAGGCCGGUUUAAGGAACUGCUUGGUCUUCAGCACACCUACAGAAAACCUGCUGCUGAACACAUGUUUUGA